GGCAGCUGAGCUCUCGGGGCUCUGGGGAGCUCGCGGGAGGCGGUGUCGUCCCGCCCUGGCCGGCGGGCGGGGUGCGCGGGCGCUGCUGUUAUUUCGGGUCGCGCCCUGGUGCGCUGCGCUUCCAGCCUCUCCACUUCCAGAGCUGUCCCCGGGCCCUGUUCGGGGGUGAAAAUGCCGGCUCUUCACAUCGAAGAUUUGCCAGAAAAGGAAAAGCUGAAGAUGGAAGUUGAGCAACUUCGCAAAGAAGUGAAGUUGCAGAGGCAACAGGUGUCUAAAUGUUCUGAAGAAAUAAAGAACUACAUUGAAGAACGUUCUGGAGAGGAUCCUCUGGUGAAGGGAAUUCCAGAAGACAAGAAUCCUUUUAAAGAGAAAGGCAGCUGUAUUAUUUCAUAAAUAACUCUGGAGAGAAAUUUCAUCCUUAGUAGAAGAAGUAGUUUGUUUUGGUUUUCUGAAAUAAAACCAAAAUUCCUUUAAAAGAAGGAAAACGAAGUUUAAAGACUUUCUCAAACACUUACAUUGAUGUGGUUAAGUAUAAAAGCUGUGUGCAUCUCAUCUUUGCUCGCUACACCCCCUUGUUAAGAGGGCAGAGAGUAUCAAAUGUACAAUUAUGGAAAUAAGGACAUUACUUGUGCAUGACUCACCUCUUUCAGUAUAUUGCUUGAUGCCUUAAAUAAAGUUUUAUCUCUGGAAAAUGA